CACGAUCUCCUAAUGAAUUAAUAAGCAAGAUACGCGUAUCAAUCGACGAUCGGAUCCACAAAAAUCCUCACUAUCUUCUUACAGAUGUUACGAUGAAGUGCGCGACAAUCGCCGCACUACUUUUCGCGCACACACUUUCUCUUCCCUUUGUCGUGUCUACAAGCUCCUUGGAAACACUUGAUGAGUAUAAUCAGACGGCCUGGCCACGGAUGGUUCUACCAGAACAUUAUUUAAAAGAGAUAAGACCACCGACUAAAGGAAAAACUGCAUUAGUUGUGUAUUUCAACAUAUUCGUUGUUGAUAUAAAUUCAAUUAACGUUGAAGACAUGGAUUUUCGAGUCGAUAUGUUUAUUUAUCAAACAUGGACAGAAUCUCGUUUGAGGUUGCCUCUUGAUAUUUUUGAAGACGACGAGGAUUAUGUUACUCUACCUCCGGAAUUUUUCGAUAACCUAUGGCAGCCUGAUCCAUAUUUUUUAAAUUCCAAAGUUUCCGAGAUUGCGACUCUAAACAGCAAACAUUCAUCGGUGACGUUAUACAGAAAUAAAACCGUUCGUUAUGCCGCACGAAUGCAUGCAAUUAUUGCUUGCCAAAUGGAAUUCCAAUUAUAUCCAAUGGACAUUCAAGUUUGUCCCAUGAAUAUUGAAAGCUUUUCUUAUGACAGUGAAAAAUUGAGUUUCCGGUGGGGAGACGAAGGUGUUACCGUAAAUCCAGAACUAAAGUUAUUGCAAUACAAUUUGGAAAAUCCGCUCAGAGUCGAUGAAUCUGUCUGUUUCAUCGAUGAAAAAAACGGAAAUUUCUCUCGGCUCUUCGUCUACUUCCAAUUUGAGCGUCAGAUCGGCCACCAUCUCAUCCAGACGUUCGCCCCAUCGACCCUCGUAGUGAUGCUCUCGUGGUUCAGCUUUUGGCUGGGGCUCGACGCGAUUCCGGGCCGUGUCGCCCUCCUCGUCACCAGUAUGCUCACACUCGUCACGAUGUUCACCGGCCUCAAGAGUGACAUUCCACCGGUCGCCUACGUGAAAGCUUUAGACCUAUGGAUGGCAGGUUGCAUGUUUUUUGUAUUUUCGGCAUUGGGUGAAUUCGUUGUUGUCAAAGUACUUGAGCUUGAUUAUCAAAGAGAGUGUGAAGCUUCAAAUGCAUACCGGCGCUUUCCAGCUCGAUUGUCUAUUGUCGAGAAAAAUACGUCUGUAUGGGAUUAUGACUCUGUAUAUAUGCCAAAAACACGAAACAUUCGAGCUGGAAGUCGCAAUCUUUUACAAAAUUCAUUAUUAGAUCCGGAGAUCCUUAUACAAAGACCACCGCAUCGAGCAAAGCAGAUUGAUACGCAUAGUCGAAUUGUCUUUCCAGUUCUAUUUUUAGUAUUUUGUUUGUUUUAUUGGCCAAUUUUAUUAUUAAAAAAGGCUUAAAACUAUCAAACCAUUGAAAUUAAAUAGCAAGACCUUAUUCAAUGUUGAUCUACAUAUUAUCAAAUAGAUAUAUCAAUGGUGUUUUAAAAAUCAUUUUAAGAACAAUAUUUUGACUUAUUCA